GGGGCGAGCUGCAGCGGGCCGGCGGCGGCGGCGGGAGCUCCUCCGUCUCUCCGUGGAGCUCUGCCUUCCUACUGUCGGUUCAGUCCAGUCCUGCUUCCACCUGGAAUGUAGGGAGCUUGUGUGUCUCCAGGACCUGGAGUAAAGCGUUGUGCACCAAAGGAAGAGGCUGCUUCCACCCUCCCCUCUUAACAUGCUGGAAUGUAGUUUCCACCGAGCUGGGGGGUUCAUGUUCCGGGAGUGAACGGGCAGCUGCCAACUCGGUAGUAAUGUUAGCAGCUGCCAGCUGGAAUGAGCCUUUCUAGCUUGCUCUGUUAGCUUGCUUUUGAUCUGACUUCUGUCCAUAGACAUCUGCCCCUCGCCUGCCACUGCCCCGCUGGAUCCCCAAGCCUCGGUUCCGGCCGGCAGGGAGGGUUACGAUUCUCCUUUCACAGUCUUCUCGUGAGUUCCCGAGAUGCAAGCAGAGUCCCUUCUCCACAGUGGCUACUUCCACCCCGUGCUGCGCUCCUGGCAGUGUUCAGCAACCACCUUCGAUGCUUCCAACCUUAUCUACCCCAUUUUUGUCACUGACAGCCCUGAUGCGGUGGAACCUAUCGCCAGCCUCCCCGGGCAAGCCAGGUAUGGAGUCAACAAGCUGGAAGGGGUGCUGCGCCCCCUUGUUGAGGACGGCCUGAAGUGCGUGCUCAUCUUCGGGGUGCCCAGCAAGGUCCCCAAGGAUGAGAGAGGCUCUGCCGCGGAUGUGGAGGACACACCUGCCAUUCAGGCAAUCAGAAAGAUCCGUUCCACCUUCCCAGAGCUGCUCAUUGCCUGCGACGUCUGCCUGUGCCCUUACACAUCCCAUGGGCACUGUGGUAUCCUGCGUGAAGAUGGCACCAUCCAGAAUGAACUCAGUUGCCAGCGGCUAGCAGAAGUGUCACUGGCUUAUGCCAAAGCAGGCUGCCACAUCGUUGCCCCCUCAGAUAUGAUGGAUGGGCGUAUUGCGGCUGUGAAGAAUGCACUGAUCUCCAAUGACAUGGGCAACAAGGUCUCAGUGAUGAGCUACAGCGCCAAGUUUGCAUCCUGUUUUUAUGGUCCAUUCAGAGAUGCCGCGCUAUCCAAACCCGCGUUUGGAGACAGGCGAUGUUACCAGCUGCCUCCGGGCGCCAGGGGCCUGGCCGUGCGAGCUGUGGACCGGGAUGUGCGUGAGGGAGCCGAUAUGCUGAUGGUGAAACCUGGGAUGCCCUACCUGGACAUCGUCAGGGAUGUCAAGGCCCGACAUCCCACCCAUCCGCUGGCGGUGUACCACGUGUCCGGGGAGUUUGCGAUGCUGUGGCACGGGGCGCAAGCCGGUGCCUUCAGCCUGAAGGCUGCAGUCACGGAGGCCAUGACGGCAUUCAGGCGCGCAGGCGCCGACGCCAUCAUCACGUACUUCGCGCCGCAGCUCCUGCGCUGGCUGAAGGAGGAGGCGGCGGCGGCGGGCCGGGCCUGAGCGCGGCCGGCCCGGGAGGCCGGGGCUGGGGCCGGGGAUCAGGGGCCGCCGCGGCCG